AGAAGCAGCAACAGCAGCAGCAGAGGCAACUGGCCAAGCAGAUAUGCGGCCAUGUGGCAUCCACGUACAACGCUUCUGCCAUGGACACGAGCAAAAUGCAUGGCAAUGAGGCAAUGAAAGGACGGAGACCAAGACCACAACCACAGCAGCCACAGCAACCAAUGCAACCAACAGGGUGCAGAUGCAAUCUGGAGAGUUCGCUUCUAGGCUGAGUGCCACAUAGCUCACCUCUACCACUCCAUACAGACUGCGACCAGCCGCUGGAAACAGCUAAGCAGUUAAGCAGGAGCUCAGCAGUCACAGACAGCACGGAUCCAGGGAGUAGAGGCUGCGUCAGAGCAAAGACCACAGCGAGUGCGAGGGGGCCCGCCAUGUUGCGAGAUAUCUUUUUGUAUAUUGUUCUAAUCGCUUUAUUUUGCUUUAUUUUCAUGGCGCAGUUAAUCGUCAACGUUUACGCAUUCCAGCGCCAGCCAACGCCCGCCCAGAGGGCCGAGCGCAAUGAAAUUAUAUUUGUCUAGGGGUCCUGGGGUUUCGUGGCCACCAGGGACAGAAGUCAGGGGGCAUUGUGGCUUGCCAUUUAAUGAGCACCACUGUGAAAAACUUAAAGCUAAAAAUCAAAGAAAACUUCUUGCCGGUCGCAUGCUGGCCUAAAGACAAAAUCCCGCUAAGAGCUGAUAAACUAGGUUGCGCGCUAAUUAGUUACGGUAGUCUUGGGAGCGCUGUCCUGAAUGCACAAUACACUCAAGCACAAUGAAACUUUGCGACACAAUAAGACGCAGCUGGAGCUGCAGCUUGGCAGGACGUGCAUUGAGGCGCGCAAAAUGUGAAGCCCGCACACGCAAAGUUCAUGCUGCAACGUUGCGAAGCGCUGUUGCAUUGCAAAAAAUAUAAAAAAACGAAUUUACUUAAUUCAUUUGCGUGCCACGUUGCCGCAUUUAAGCAUUCAGUCGGUCGUUGGGGCACAUCAAAAAUAAUUGUGUCCAUGCUGAUAAAAUGAUAAUUAUUAAUUUAAGCGGGCGCUUUAAAAUUUUCAUUGCCUACUUUUUUGCGCGCGACUCGGUCUGCUGCAUUGGCGGCAAUGAGCCGGCACAAAUGCAUUUGGGCGUGGCAAGGGGCUAUAGUUUUUUGUAUUGAUUUCCAGCGCACACGCUUUCCCAUUUUGAGUGCUUUUUGUUACUUUUUUUUAUGCUUUUUUUUUGGGCACGCCGCACAGUUUAUUGUUGAGCCAAUUCGUCUGGCAGUGGGGGCAGAGCUGUUCGUGCCGCCUUGAGCACUUGAGCGCCAUAUACACACUUGACCCCAUUCGCUGAGAGACUUUACAAUAGGCUCGGCCAGUGGAUGAAAGUUAGAGGCCUUGGCUGGGCAAACAUUUAGAUUGACAUGGCCGAGGGUUGGGAAAGUGUUUCACUUCAAAAACUUCAAAGUGUGGCUAAAUUUUCGUUAUAUACUGCAGCCUGCUUAAGAGUGUGUAUGUGUGUGUGUGUGUGUGUGUGUGGCCUAAUAGAUGGCUGGCUGUUUGACCAAAUGGAAAUUUAAGUUUUAUCUGCUGCCCAAGACAUUUAUAUUUUGAUAUGAGCAUAGGCAAAGUUAUUGAAAAGUUCUUAGUUAAAUUAAAUUGCAUUUUCGGAUUGCAGCGCCAGUCAAGUGCAUUGUGGCACUCGCCCUAAAACUGAACUUUUUUCUCAAGAGUAUCGAAAGUUUUCCAUUUUAUUUGCAUAGUUAGCAGAACUUACUGUUUGGCACUUGGCAAACAUGGUAUUCAUAUCGUAAGAACAUUUUAAAUGGUAUUAUCGAAUAAUCAAAACCGUAUUAACCGAGCAACCGAAACAUAUAUAUUAAAAGAAAAGAAAACAUUUUAUUGAAUUGUAUUCAAUUAAAAUAAUAAAUAUAAACGCAUAAAUUUGAACAAUAAUAGUUUUUAGCUAACCUAUACAAUAUAUAGUAUCUAUAAAUGUAAUAAUUUUAGCAAAUAAUGUUUAAUGAAGGAUGUGUGGACGAAAUUUACUGUACGUGUAGCUAGUGCUGAACAAUGAAAAUCAGAUUAAUUAAACCAAAAACGAAACA